GUAUGAUUACUUGAGAAACGACGCUUAACCGACUUCAGUCAUUACCAAAAGCACACAUCUCUCUCUCUGUAUACAGCCGUCGCCGUGCCGUGCCCUAGGGUCACCGCCGACGCGGGUCGAUCCCCCCCGCCCCCGCAUCUCAGGCGCGUCGCCGCCGUCGACGUUCCUUUCUUCCUCCGUUCCUCGUCGGCGACGUCGCGUUCCUGCUGUCUCAACUCCGUCGGCAGUUUAAGGGACAACGAUGUCUGCUUCAACUGCUGCAAUACCGACCACAAAUACAAAUGGAAACCAUGCACUGAGUGUGGAUUCACAUUCCAGCCAAGAUGUUAGGCGGCGAACAGCUGUUGUUGCAAAGAAGAUAGCCACAGCUGAGCUUCUUACUGAACGUGGAGUUAAUGGGGUCUCAGAUGAUAAGAUCACUGGCAAGAAGGAUAUUGGUCAUACGAUCCGUGGAGAGUCAGUUAUUGAAAAGCCAAAAUAUUCGAGCGAGGGAAGAAAAGAUGCAUUUGCUUCUGCAACCACUGCUGAACAUCGAAAGAAAAGUGCUACUAAGCAAGAAAAAGCCAAGUGGGAAAUUGCCUUAAGUGUGCUCAUGAAGCUUUGCCUUCUUAUUUCGGCUAUUGCUUGGAUGGGGCAGGUGUUCUGGAGAUGGCAAAAUGGAGAUUUAUCAUUCACAGCUCUUGAUUUGGAGAGCAGGCUAUCCAAGGUGGAGGGGUUCAAGAAGACAACCAAGAUGCUUCAGGUACAGCUGGACAUUUUAGAUAAGAAGCUAGGAAAUGAGAUUGGCAAAGCAAAAACGGAUGCCGGAAAGCAAUUUGAAGACAAGGGUAAUAAGUUAGAGGCCAAGAUGAAGACAUUGGAGGGCAAGACUGACAUAUUGGAUAAGUCACUUGCUGAAUUGAGAGACAUGGGUUUUGUCUCUAGGAAAGAAUUCAAUGAGAUUGUGAGUCAGGUGAAGAAAAAGAAGGGUGCUAACAGUGACAUAAGCUUGGAUGACGUAAGAAUAAUUGCCAAGGAGAUAGUGGAGAUGGAGAUUACCAGGCAUGCAGCAGAUGGCCUUGGUAUGGUGGAUUAUGCAUUAGGAUCCGGUGGGGGUAAAGUGGUUAAGCACUCGGAACCUUUUAAGAAGGCUAAGAGCAUUCUUCCACGUCGUAGUGAAGCUCACAAAAUGCUGGAGCCGAGUUUUGGGCAGCCAGGAGAAUGUUUUGCACUGGAAGGUAGUAGUGGAUUUGUGGAAAUCAAACUCCGGACAGGAAUUAUUCCUGAGGCAGUCACUCUAGAGCAUGUCGACCAGAGUGUGGCCUACGACCGAUCUAGCGCUCCUAAGGAUUUCCAGGUCAGUGGCUGGUACCAAGGACCAGAAGAUGAUUCAGAUAAGCAACCACGCACGACGGUAAAUCUAGGAGAGUUCUCUUAUGACCUUCAGAAGAGCAAUGCCCAGACUUUCCAACUAGACAGAACCACCGCUGAUGCACGGGUCAUCAACACGGUUCGGCUUGACUUCUCCUCAAACCAUGGGAAUUCAGAGCUGACAUGUAUCUAUCGCUUCAGGGUGCACGGCAAUGAGCCUGGCUCUCUCGGAACCUGGGCGUAGGCCCGAUCUAGUAGUAGGUGUGUGUGCCUGAGGCCUUGCAUAUGACCUUUUCUUUAGCGUUUUGAAGACUUGAAGCCCCUGUUGGCACUAGGUUCAGGUCGAUUUUAAUCUGUAGCAUAAUGCCAUUACGAACAGAUCCUGAUUUGAUGUUGUUCCUAGCUAGACGUCGUAUUUAUUUGUAUCUGGCAACAGUGUUUGAUCUCUGUACUGUAGCAAUAUUUGUAAUUUAAAAUUAGGGUUGUGAACUGUAAUGUACUUUUCUGGUGUAUCAGCAGUUUUAUCUGGUAGUCCGCCGUUAAGGAUAA